AUGAGCUCCUACUUCGUCAACCCCCUGUUCUCCAAAUACAAAGGCGGCGAGUCCCUGGAACCGGCCUAUUACGACUGCCGGUUCCCCCAGAGCGUGGGCAGGAGCCAUGCGCUGGUGUACGGGCCCGGCGGCUCGGCGCCCGGCUUCCAGCAUGCCUCGCACCACGUCCAAGACUUCUUCCACCACGGCACCUCGGGCAUCUCCAACUCAGGCUACCAGCAGAACCCGUGCUCGCUGAGCUGCCACGGAGACGCCUCCAAAUUCUAUGGCUACGAGGCGCUCCCCAGACAGUCCCUUUAUGGGGCUCAGCAAGAGGCGAGCGUGGUGCAAUAUCCCGACUGUAAAUCCUCCGCCAACACUAACAGUAGCGAAGGACAAGGCCACUUAAAUCAAAACUCGUCUCCCAGCCUCAUGUUUCCAUGGAUGAGACCCCACGCUCCCGGGCGGCGCAGCGGAAGGCAAACUUACAGCCGGUAUCAGACCUUGGAACUAGAAAAGGAGUUUCUCUUUAAUCCAUAUUUGACACGAAAGCGCCGGAUUGAAGUCUCUCAUGCCCUGGGACUGACUGAGAGACAAGUGAAGAUCUGGUUCCAAAAUCGAAGAAUGAAGUGGAAAAAGGAGAACAACAAGGAUAAACUGCCCGGAGCCCGAGAUGAGGAGAAGGUGGAGGAAGAAGGAAAUGAGGAAGAGGAGAAAGAAGAGGAGGAAAAGGAAGAAAACAAGGACUAA